AUGGUGAGCUUCGAUCUUGGUUCAACAGAGUCGCCAACUUCUCCAGGCAGUGCAUCGACUCAUUCCACCAUCCGGGAAGAUAAGAGAAGGAAGAUUGAGCGCUACUGCACCAUUUCUGUCAAUGACGGCUACUCCAAGGAUGAGGUCCUUCUCAACUUGGACCACCUCGCUGGGGACAUCAAGCCUGGCACCCUCACGGCCCUGAUACCGUUAAAAGGCGACGCCAAGAAUACCGGCGCUGCUUAUGGGAGCGUCAACAAGCAGCCUCAUGAGCAUCACCUCGAUGGUGCGAGGCCAGCUUCGGGCCCACAUAACGAUCAUGAUCAUGCCGCCGGACAUGCGUACAUCUUUGUCGCCAAGGACAUGUCCAAGGAAAUGAAGGCUCGACACCCUGACACGGAGGUUCAUGUGGCAAAACAUAUUGCGGAUGCCUGUUUUAUGAAAAGAGGCUGCUGUGCCUUGCUGCGACCGGUCGACCAGGACCACCCUGCUGUCGAGGCAACUCAUGUUGAGCUGUCCUUCAAGGACCAGUAUCUGUCAAGAGCUGAUAUGUGGAGGUUAUCUGCUGGGGAAUUGACGCAGCGGACCGUGUAUAAGGGCCAGUCUGUUUUCUUCAUGGGUACAAUCAAAGCUCAAGUUACUGCAGUCUAUGUCAACGGCCACACCGUCCAUUCCGCCUUUUUCGGAAAGGACACCAGACCCAUCUUCCGCAGUGAGUCUGCCAAGUAUGUAUUAUUUAUUCAAAUGGCGCGAGAGAUGUGGGAUUUCGACUCGGAAGCCUCGGGCGAAAUCAUGUUCAACAAGGUUGUCAAUGGAUUUCUGCCUGCCCUGUUCAAACGUUGGGCGGUCCUCAAGGUGAAGCACCUUGUUAGCAUAGUGCUAUUCGCCCGCGUCGAGUACGAUACUGGCAUCAGCGCGGAUCUUGCAACCAGCUCCGUCCUGAACGAUUAUUACACCGGAGUCCAACCGUAUGGAAACCGACGCCCGUACAAGGACUUUUAUCGUGUCGUUGUCAGCGAGAUGGCGAGCGGGGAGUGGACGACAAUUCUUUACCAACUAAAGCGAGAGUUCAACUAUUUCCGCCGAGACAUCACCUUGCAUCAUCAGAAGGUCAGCGCAGUUGGACGCAGACCUUCCAACGAAGAUGAAGGAAAGGACGGUACACCCAGUCCCGCAAAAGCAGAAUCCUCUUUAUCCAUACAUGGCAACGUGCUAGAGGCAAUCAAUAUGGCAGCUUCUCAGUUCGCACAUGACUACAUUGAUCGAGACCUUACUAGGACCGGAAUAUCUAUUGCCGUGAUUACGCCUGGACCUGGCGUGUUUGAGGUUGACUAUGAGACCUUGCGAAGAACUACCGAAUCUCUCGUUGGGAACGGUAUCGGCAUUGAUCUGAUUUGCAUGGCCAGCAUGCCGUUGCAUUCUGUACCACUAUUCAAGUAUCGAAAUCCGCAAUUCUCCGAGGGUGCCCGUCAUGGCCGAGGACACACACUUUCCAGAUCAUUUCAUAGUCGGGAUAGCACACCCAACCACCCCACUCCUGUCAUCGGAAGCUAUCAAUCCAUGUCCGGCUCGUUCUCUCCUACCAAAGCCCUCAAUUUGGCGGGACGGAUCGAGACGCUCGCCCUCAUGGGAGCCAGUGAAGAAUAUUGCUACGCGCUUCCGCAGUGGUUGCACAUAUCGUUUUGGACUGGUGCGACGGAGGAGUCAUUGUCUUAUGCGGGCAUUGCACUGACAGUAUCCAACAAAGUCGAGCAAGAGAACGAGGACUGGUUCAAGGUGCGCUGUCGAAUGUACGACCUGCAGAUGCGAAGCGUCUUGGACGCGAAUGAGAUUGAGACUGCGCCAUUGCAAUCCGACGCUAAUUAUCCAAGUCACCUCAUUGAAGCAAGUACAAUGAAAAAAAGAGCAAAUCGGCCGGGAGACAUGAUAUACGUCCCUAACAAACAUGCCCCUGAAGUGCUCUUCGACCACGUAUAUGGCUUUCAAAAGUUUGCCCCUGACAGGCUGGUUCGACCGGGAGAAAAGUCCAUCUGGAAGCAGUUGCAAGAAUUUGACGACGCGAAGGCGAGACUCCCUAGGGCCCGUCCUGUUCUCCGACACCAACCAUCGAGAAAUAAGACAGAGUUCGAAGGCGUCGCGGGAAAACAACUACAUGAAGAUGCGUCUGCACUGGGGACAUCUCUUCCAGAACGAAGAGCCACAACUUACCUACAAACCUCCAACAUGCCAGCUUCCAGAAAAUUCUCCUUGACCACAACGGAGGUUGAGAAGCCAGUCUUGUCUAAGCCUCAACUAUUUCCAGAGCCGCCUCCAGCUCGUGCAACAAUCAAGAAAGCACCGUCUAUCAAACAGCCCAAAUUUAUGCGACAGAUUAGUCUGGGACAACGUGGAUUCGGAAUUGCCGCUCCAAAAAUAGCAGCCGCUGAAGUUAAAAUAGAGACUGUCGGGGCUGCUGCCGUCUCAUCGAAUUUGCGCCCGCCUUCCAACGCCCAUUCAUUUUCUGACGUCAGACCGUCCACGCCGCAAACAGUCACCAGCCGCUCAUCUUCUACCUCGGCUCGGAGGCAGAAGUCCGAGGCCGCCGGCAGCAGUCUAGAUGGUGUGCCUUUGACACCUAGUAUCCCGAUCUCGAGAGAUGCCUUCAGCAGGCCGGGCACGACCUUCAGUCAAGCUAAAACGCCGUCGAUAAUACCAGCCGGAGCAAAUACACGUCGUGAGAGACGCCCUGAGGAUAGUGAAGUGCGCUUUUCCAAUGCGCUACGGGCCGAAGAUGCGCAAAAGGUGUAUACCAGUAAACUCAGGGCCGGCGUCGUACCAGAGUUGCCAUCAACACUCUCGCCUACCACAGCCAUCACGCCUUGGCUAACGUUGCUCAAUCCUUCGAACCCUGAGCGUCACAAAAUUGACGACACCAUUCUAUAUAGUCGGUGGCAGCAUGUGUUCCCACGGACGUCUGACAUGAAAGUUCAAAAAUGGAAGACACUGUGUUGUCCUGCGGCGGUUCCUUUGACAACGGAAUAUUUUCCGGCCAAAGCCCAAUUUGAUGCAGAGUAUCAGAGGCACCCUUACAAUGUUGAUCAGAACGUGGAUGACGAUAUGGUUGAUGAGCCAAAAUCCCGCAAAGAUUUCAUGAAAGAACUGAUCAGUAUGAGAUUUUCUCAGGGGUUUCAAGUCAUUGUCGGGCCCUCAGUCGCACAGGCAUUCGGACAAAAGGUUAUCAAGGUUGCCGACGUUUUUGCUCGCGACCAGCCGUUGGAUGACGGUACGAGCGUAUUCAUGUCUGUCGGAAACACAAUUCAUCAAUUGUCCUGUGUCAACGGUAGUGAAGUCGAAGUGAACAUUUAUCUGCGGAAGCCUACCGACGUCAAGGCCGAUUCGCAAAGAUUUCCGUCAGCCUACAGACCAGCCAUUCGUACGAUAUUCGACAAUGAGUAUGAGACUCGUUCGUUGGACGUCCUCGCACCCAAAGUGGAUCGAAAUUGGAACACAAUUGAUUCGUAUCUGGCUGGACAUUAUGACGAAAUGAUGGACAGCUUACGAUUUUGGCGGGCGAGAUUUGUGCUCAUUCCCCUCGGUCCAAAGCACCCCCUAAUUCAGCGCGUGCAAACUGGUGACAACCCAGAAGAGCUGCGCAUUGAGGGGAUAAAACGACUGGCCCAACUUUGGCAAAAGCAUCGAUAUACGGCGCCUUCCGAUCGACGAUUCCAGCCAACGGCGAAGCGCGGCCCCUUGGAUAUCGUGUACAAGACGGAAGACCCCUCUGUGGUGAUUGCGGCAGAAGUCGAGACACUCCCCAUUUGGGAGAGCUUGGAUGGUCCUCAUCGCAAGGGCGGACUCGUAACGAGAAAAGAGCGGUUCCAAAAGGGCAACCUGAAUUUGGCGGCGUUGGCGGAAGCAAUGCAGCAACCAGUCGAAAAUGGCGGAGUGCCACUGAGGAACCGGCGGUGGCAUCUCAGGCUUCACAAUGCUGCCUUUAUCGGAUCUGACAUGACCACUUGGAUCUUGGACAAUUUUGAGGACUUGGAUAGUCGCGAGGAGGCUGAAGAACUCGGCAACGCUCUCAUGGUACCCAAUGAGCCAAAACACAAGGAAAAGGACAAGGAAAAAGAUCAUGCAGAGUCGAGGAGCGAGAAGGAUCGCGGCUUGUUCGUCCACGUCGAACGGCGGCACAACUUUCGAGACGGCAAUUACUUUUACCAGAUCGCGCCGGAAUUCGCAAAGUCUCAGCCAGGAUGGUUCAGCAGCUUACGUCGGGAUGUCACCUCUCCAGCCGCGCCAGGAUCAGACGGCGGCAGCGUCGACUCUCCACGGUCCAAUAUGCCACGAUGCUUGGCGCCAAACGAUCCGAAAUCCCCGGCGUCGUUGGGACCCGUAACCGGAUGCAGUCAGUUGCUCAUGAACCGGCCCAAGGUCAUGCUGAGCAAAAUGAUCAAGUACGACAUCGACCCUCGUAAGAGGUCAUACCGCCCGGAGCGCAUAGACCUGCACUACGAUCGCCUUCACAACCCGGACAACUGCUACCACAUGCGAAUCGGCUGGAUGAACUCGACGUCCAAGCUCGUUGAAGAUACGGUAGAAAGCUGGGAGCGCGAAGCCAGCCAAUACGGCCUCCGUCUCGUCGAGGUGCCCAUCAACGAAGCUUGUCGCAUCACGGAAACCAACCCCUUCCGCAAACCGUACCGCGUCAAGCUCGCCAUCAGGCCGCCGCUCGAACGCCCAGAAACAUACUACGACCCCAACUCCCUGGGCCUCCAGGCCGGACCCAGCAAGAACUUCUACCAGACCGUCAUCCUCAAAAGCUUCGACUUCGUCCUGGACAUGGAGGCCGCAUCCAACUUCCCCUCGGACGUAGACGUCCGCUACUCCUGGGGCAAACCAGACUUCACCUACACGCAGUACAUCCACCGCACAGGCGCAGUGCUUGCUCAAAUCACGGAUGAAGGCGACUUCCUCGUCCUUGCAAACAGGCUCUACAACAAGCGCACCAGCCUAGCUCGCGACAAGGAACUUCGCAGCCUUGUUCACUCUGAGCAGCAGCAGCAGCAGCAGCAGCAGCAGCAGCAGCAACAACAACAACUUGCCCCCAACACCACCACGCGCGCCACGGCCCAAAUCGCCCCCUGCGUAUCCGGCCACCCCCCCGCCAGCGGCAUCUCCGAGCCCCUAGCAGUCCUCACGUCGCCCCAAGUCCGGCCAACGUUCUACCACUGCUCACCGGCCUCCCGCCCCAUGGACGCAUCUUUGUCGGGCUCCAAAAGCGCCUACCCGGCAGGACGUUCCGAGCCCGAGGUCCUUAAGACGGAACUCGAGGCCUUUUGCCUCAAUGAAGCGGCCCUGACGGCCUUUUACAAAGACGUGCUCGAAAAGGGCCAGCGGACCCACGGCACUCCCGCCUCGACGGCUACAACACAGUCGUUUGCGGGUCUGGAGUCGGUGCCAGAGGCGAGCAUACCCUCGUUGGGGCUGGGGCCAGGGGUUUUGGGCGGGGAGGGUGUUGGAGGAGUAGGGAAUGGACACUCCGCUGCCAUGUCGAGCAUACGGAUGAGCAGUCCCAUGGCGUUUUUGAGAAGAGGGAGCGUACAGUACGAUGGGAUGGGCUUGGGGUCCAAGGCAAAGUAA